AUGUUCACCCCACUCGGCCUGUUCAAGGCUAUUCCAUGCCCGCAGGGUAGCGGCUGCACUCUGUUGACUUGCAUCUUCUCUCACCAAGAGACGAGUUCAGAUCACCCGGAUUCGGCCACUGCGAAGCCAACCCCACGCUCUACCACUACCGCUACUUCUACUCCAGCUGGAGAUGGGUCUCUUCCAGUGUCCGAAGCAAAGCGGAGAAAGCUCGCAGGAGACAAUGAAAGCAAAACGGAGCAGACUAAGUCUUCAUCUAAUUCAAUCCGCAGGGAAAUAAGCAGCGAACAGACUCGCCACGAUGAGACCCCCAAAGACCGAUCCUCAGGCGAGCAGACGUCAAGUCGAGAAAUCGGCGGUCUUCAGUCAAUCACCAGAAAGGUCUCCCCGCCUCCUACGCGGACGCGACCAAGCACAGAGACACAAGUGACUAAAGGCGUCCCCAGUCAGUCAUCAGAUGCUUCUAAUCAAGCCAAGCUCCCUCCAAGGCAGGCUCCAAAAGAAUCUCUAAACCCGCGCAUGCUCAGCAAAGCGCCAGCGCCUCAUUCAGUGCGGUCGUCUAUCUUGAACAAGCUACAUGCUGCGAUGUCUGCGUUGAAUGAAAAGAUGAAAGAGCUCAAAGACAAGUCGAAGUCCGCUCUGAUCCUCUCCCCCGACGAGCUGAUUAUCAUGGCCCUGGACGAGGAAGAGAAGGCAGCAAGGGACAACCCUAAAAUAUAUUCCAAUGUUAUCAAGCUCAGAAUUGUCAAGUUCCAAAAGAUGGCCAUGGAGGAAUGGGAGAAAGAGGUCCUUGCGCAUCUGAACGCGCGAUACUAUAAGAUUGAGCCAAAGCAGAUCUCUCAGAAGCCUGAAAAGCUUACGACUGGUCUAACUGCGAAUGAAGAGAUUGCAAUAGCAGCAAAGCUUGUGACAGACCUGAAAGGGAAAGAGCAAUUUGGCUAUGUCACAAAGAUACCUAGCAAGGAAGAAAUAGAAUCUGCAAAAAGGGGCGUUGAAGCAGCUCAGGGCUGGGAAAAAUGCGAUCGGUGCGCGGGACGUUUUCAGGUCUUUCCAGGUCGUCGUGAAGACGGUACCCUGGCCACGGGGGGCCAUUGCACUUAUCAUCCAGGCAAGCCCAUCCGGCCUGCCAAGAAGCCGACAGAUCACAUCACUGGCAGCAGAGACGCGUACUUUCCUUGUUGCAAUGAGACUGUGGGGACUUCUGCAGGAUGCACCAAGGCAGAGCAUCACGUCUUCAAGAUAACGGAAGCGAAGCGGCUGGCCGCUGUGCUUCAGUUUGAGGAGACGCCUGCUCAGCCAGAAAAAGGACCGCAGAAACCCAUAUCCUUCGAUUGCGAGAUGGCUUACACGACUCUCGGUAUGGAAUUGAUCCGUCUGACUGCACUCAGCUGGCCUGAGGGCGAGACGCUGCUUGAUGUCCUUGUCAAGCCGAUAGGUGAAGUUCUGGACCUUAAUUCUAAGUUCUCCGGCAUUUGGCCAGAACAUUAUGCGAAGGCUGUACCUUAUGGCACGCCAGUUCCUGACACUACGUCAGAGGAUGGAGAAGUGAAAACCCCUCCCAUGCAGGUCGUUGAUUCGCCUGCUGCAGCACGGGCGUUGCUCUUCCAAUUGCUUCAGCCCGAUACCCCUUUGAUCGGACAUGCUAUCGACAAUGAUCUCAAUGCUUGUCGUAUCAUUCACCCGACUGUCAUCGACACCGUUUUCCUGUAUCCGCAUCCCAAGGGGCUUCCAAUGAGAUUCAGUCUGAAGCACCUAUCAAAAACAUAUCUAGAUCGGGACAUCCAAACCGGGGGCGACAAGGGCCACGACUCGAAGGAAGACGCAAGAGCCACAGGCGACCUCGUGAGACUCAAGGCUGCUGAGAAAUGGAAGGUUCUCAAACGGCAAGGGUGGACCAUUGAAGGGGACAAGCUUGUACCGCCAGCAGGUAAGACUGUUGGUUCAGACGCUGGUCCUUCAAUUGGACUGGGCCCUGGAGCCGGACAGAAGAGGAAGAGUUAG